AUAAUCUAACAGUAGAGUCUAGUUUUGACUAACUUUAGAAGGAAGAUGUCUUUUGUGGUCGACGCGGUCAUGGUAGUUUCUCUACUAGUAACAGCAUUAUUUGCUGGAGGAGCACUGCUUGCAGGUCAUUUUUUACUGGGGAAAAAUCAGCCGAAAGUAGAGCGAUGGGUUCUUUCUUGGCUUGUAUUUGACGCCCUUAUUCAUUUCUUGUUGGAAGGACCAUUUGUUGUUCUUUCCCUUACUGGCACAGUGAACUCAUCAGAUCAUAUUUUGGCUGAGUUAUGGAAGGAGUAUGGAAAAGCUGACUCAAGAUGGCUAGUGUCAGACCCUACGGUUGUUUCCUUAGAGAUCUUGACUGUUGUUGUUGAUGGACUGCUGUGUCUUGUGGUUAUACAGGGCAUUCUAUCAAGAGCUUUUUAUCGCCACUACGCACAGCUAGUGCUAUGUGUCUGUGAAUUAUAUGGAGGCUGGAUGACCUUCUGUCCAGAGUGGCUGACAGGCAGCAAGAGCCUGGACACCAGCAACUGGAUGUUUCUGUGGGUGUACCUGGUGUUCUUCAAUGGGCUGUGGGUGGUGGUGCCUCUCCUGCUCAUGUACCAGACAUGGGAGGCAAUGAAGGCGCUCCCUCAGAAGCUUGUCUCAGCCAAGAGCUCUGGCAAAAAUGUGCCAGCCACACAGAAGAGUCCACCUUCUGCCCCCAAGACUGCAUCAACACCCAAGUCACAAAAGAAAGAAAAGUCUGGCUACAACACCAGAGCUAGAAAAGAAAAAUAAUGAAAUUAUUGUUUCUUUGGGAAGUUAUAAAAACCUUAGUUUAUGGAAGCUGCAAUAAAGAUAAAUUGGUAAUGAAUUAAUGAGAUAUGUUCUAUACUUUUUACUAGUUGAUUACUAUAAGGCUUUUAAAAUACUGUUUUUAAAGAAUUGCAGUUUUUUAUGAUAUACUUAGUGCUUAUUGCACACAUUUUUAGGAAGUUACUGAAUGUUUAUUUUGCUAUUUUAUUUUAUUAAGAUUUGUGUAUAAUGUAAAGUAAUAGAUGUGCUAAAUUGAAUUGCUUUUCUCUAUUUGCUGUUUUGUUUAAUAGUUAUAUUUUUGUGUUUUUGUAGGGCUUUGAUUAUUAGUUUUGUUUUUGUCAGCUGAACUUUGUAUAGAAAGUACAAGUCCAGAACAUUUUCCUGUGUCGCUCUGUUGAGGACCUAGUAAAGAUUUUAAAUGCAAAUUAAUUAAGGUGUUCAAUCUAUGUGUAAUGUGUAAAAUUUUAUGUUAUAAUUUCCUUACGCUUGUAUAUUGCUCCAAUGUGAAGCAUUUUUAUAGCUUAUAAUUUUAGCUGUUAAUUAAUUUUCAGUUGUUGCCAAAUUAAGUAUUUAAGUUUUAAAUUACUGUUUAAACAGAUUAUUAUAACAUGUAGACUUAUUAAUUUAUUUUGUUUACACCAUGGGUCUUUUGCCCCAUACCUUUUUUUUUUAAAUUUACAGUCGUGGCAUGCCUUAAAAAUAACUUUUAUAGGUGCCACCAGGAGAUGUCAUUUGCCAGAUGUCACAAAAAACAUAUGACAGUCUUAGCCUUAAAAGUAAUUUGUAAUGUAUUAAAUACAUUGAUUGCAUGUUGUAACCCAACAAACCUCAGAGAUAAUUGUUUAAUAACAUUUUGAUACCAUUUACACUUUUACAAUAAAAGUAAUAUUGUAUUUAUUUGGAGGCUUGCUGUUUAUUUUUCCUGCUGAUCAACCGUGGGUUUGUCUGUUAAUU